CCUCAGAAACAGACGUCAGUUACCUAGCAAGAACAAGCCUAAGAGUAUCAAUCAGCGUAAAAUAUAUAGGUUAUUUGAGCAUUCAUAGUUAAGUAAUCAAAUGGAGUGAUUCUUUUACUAAUAUAUUUUAUAAUUAAGUAUUGUUUAUCGCGUGAAUAAAAGGUGAAAAUAUUAAGAAAGACAAAUUGAUAUGUACUGGAAUAUUCUGUUGGAAUACAAUGAGUUUUCCAUCUCUUAUUUUAGCAACAGCUUCCGGAGAGAGGUCUGCAGUCAAGGAAGAUGCUAAACGGGAAAAUGAACAGUUAUGUGCUGAAAUAGACAGCUUAGGGCGUGAAAUUAAAAAGCUCAAACAAAUUGUUGACCAUUUGUCACGAGACUAUGAAGAUUCUAAAGGAUAUGAUCCACUAAGACGGUAUGAAAAAUUAAAAGGAAUGAUUAAAAGGACAAUAAUGCAUUUAAGACUAAAUCCAGACGAACCAAAUACGGUUCAAAACAUUGGUGUUGGAGGAUUAGUUCAAGGAUGCAAGGACUUCAGCCAUCAAGCCGAAAGUGCCAGGCGAAGAGAAGACAAAUAUGCCAAGAUGUCAAGACAAGAGUUACAAGACGAAAAUGUCCACCUUUCAGAUCAAGUUCGAGAACUACGUCGUAAAUGUUCUAUUAUACGUGACAUUAUUGGUACACUUCACAAACACUAUGAAAUGUCAAAAAGAGCUCCUGUUAUGCAGCGAUAUAACAUGCUUAAAGUUAUGAUAAAGAAGGUUGUAAAUGACGAAUUGAUAUAGAUGAACCAACUUUUAUGACGUAUAUCUUGAGAAUGUCGGUGUCGUUAUGAAAUUCAUCCUAAGAUUACAAUCAAACAAACAUGCCGAGAUGUUCAUGUGUAUAUUGCUGCAUAUUACGUGGCGAUAAGAUCAGAACAAACGUACGUCUUAUCUUACGAUCCUUUAAAAUACAUAAAUUCUAUUGCAAAUUAUUUGUAAGCUUACACUGACAUUAAGACAAUGACAUGCAAUAUUUGACAGAUAUUUCACUUAUCAGUAUUGCAAACAUUUUGGCAAAACAACAAUGUAUAAAGGGACGAAAUAUAUGCAAGGGAAGAGAGAAGUACUUGUUUAAUUCAAGUAAAUAAUAAUCUUUAUAAAGGAAAUAAUAACAUGUGACAUAUAAACACACACUAUUUACUAAUUUGUUUAUAAGAGAGAUACAUGUUAAAUAAUAUGUCAUCUAAAUAAGUUCAGGGGAUCUGAAAGUAAAAGAUAUAUUAGCGGAAUCGUUUCUACUCCUUGUGUUAUAGAAACCAGCCUGGAUAAUAUGUUCUUAAUCUUUUUAAUUCCCGGAUUUAAUGACCCAAUGAACGUUUCUUUUGAAUGAUGUGUAGCUAUAUUCAUCAUGUUAACGUAAUUAAUCGUGGUUUGUCAAAUAAUCAUUAAAUUAUGGGUCUCAAUUAUGUCGCAAAAAGUUUUUGACAAUUUUAUAUAAUGUAAAUAUGUUUAUGUAGAAAUGAUUUAUAUUUAUUUAUGAUUUUUUUAUUAAACUAACUUAAUAUAUCUAUUAUUUACUGGAAAGAGUAAUUAAAUAGAAAAAUAACCUUCUAGCAAAUUAUCAAAACAAGUAUUACUUGUUGGUUAGAAGUCUUGAUAUAAUAGUUAUUUUGUUACGAGCAUGAAUUCCAAUUUCAACAAACCUUGUUUUUAUAUAACUGUAUGAGUGUGCUGCUAAAUAAUAAAAGAUAAAAAUAACCAUAUUGUGAAUAUAAUUGACUUUAAUUUUGAAGUAGUUUUGUAA